CACCUGUUCUACCUUUGAGGUCCAUUGAAGUUCACUGUUGCACUGGGCAGCACACCUGAACUGGAUUUCUGGUGCCCACAUUCAGCACACUGCAAGAGGGACAGUGACUCCAAAACCUACCGAAAGAGGGAAGGAGAGAUUCCUCAUCUAGCCCAUCUGUAGAGCUGCUCAGAAAGCAUGGAGCAGAUAAAGCCAGGGCAAGGCACCCGGAGGAGGAGAUGGGGGGCCUGCUGCUGGAAGGUGACUGCUGCUGCUGCCGUGGCAGGCACUGCAGCAGCCCUCUGCCUGGGCAUCCUGCUGGCCUGCCAUUCCACAGGAGAGGCCAGCUUUGAGCACACAGUGGAGCUGCAAGGAAUCCCAUUCAAUAGCAGCUUACAGACAGAGAACUCAGACUACUACAGGGUGCUGACACCUGCUCUUGAGAGGCUGUUUCUGUCCAGUCUCCAGGACUCCCAGCUGAACUGGAGUUGCACUGGUUGCACCAUCCUGGGCUACAGGAAUGGAAACUCCAGUGUGAUCGUCCAUUUCCGCCUCCUCUUCACCCCCCAGGACUCCCAGCCCCUGAGCUCUGCCUUGGAGGAGGAAGCUUUCAGGCACGGGCUGGCAGCUGCCCUGCACAAGCAGGGGUUCUCCCUGGCUGCCUACGGGACCAUCUCCUCAGCCUCUCUCACAGGUCCCAACAAGGUUUCUUCCCACAGACCUGGACUGAAAUCAGACUGUGGGAGUCGUCCUGCCAUGCAGACUGCCAGCAGGAUAGUUGGAGGCUCAGAGGCAUCCAGAGGGGAGUUCCCAUGGCAAGUCAGCCUUCGAGAGAACAACGAGCACUUCUGCGGCGCUGCAAUCCUUACAGAGAAGUGGCUGGUGUCUGCUGCUCACUGCUUUACUGAGUUUCAGGACCCAGCCAUGUGGGCAGCUUACACAGGGACCACCUCCCUCAGAGGCUCAGAUGGCAGUGCAGUGAAAAUGGACAUUGCACAGAUCAUCCCACACCCCUCUUACAACGCUGACACAGCUGACUAUGAUGUGGCCGUGCUGGAGCUGAAGAAACCUGUGACCUUCACUAAGUACAUCCAGCCCGUGUGCCUGCCAGAUGCUGGCCAUCACUUCCCCACCAGCAAGAAGUGCCUUAUCUCUGGCUGGGGCUACCUCAAGGAGGAUUUCUUGGUGAAACCGGAGUUCCUGCAGAAAGCAACAGUGGAGCUUCUAGACCAGAACCUAUGUUCCAGUCUCUACAGCCAUGUCCUCACAGACAGGAUGAUGUGUGCUGGCUAUCUGGAGGGGAAGGUUGACUCCUGUCAGGGUGACUCUGGUGGGCCUCUGGUUUGCCAAGAACCAUCUGGCAGGUUUUUUCUGGCGGGAAUUGUGAGUUGGGGUAUUGGAUGUGCUGAAGCCAGGCGGCCUGGGGUUUACACACGUGUUACCAAACUCAGAGACUGGAUCUUGGAUGCUAUUUCUGCCUUCCCUACCUCCAUAGCCCGUACUGUUCCUCCAGUGCACUUGAGGACUAACAGUAACAUGGUCAGUGCUGAAGAGGUCAACACCACCACUGGAGCAACCCCGACCACCUUACCAGCCCCAGCUGCCAGCAGGCCAGGGGCUGCAGCAGGACCACAAGAGUGUGGAGGACGACCCGGGUUCUCUAAACCCAGCAAGAUUGUGGGAGGAACAGAUGCUUCCAGAGGAGAGAUCCCUUGGCAAGUCAGCCUGAAAGAAGACUCCAGACAUUUCUGUGGAGCCACCAUCAUUGGGGACCGCUGGCUGCUGUCAGCAGCUCACUGCUUCAAUGAGACAAUGCCAGAAGAGAUUGAAGCCUAUGUGGGAACAACAUCAAUAAAUGGAACAGACGAGAAUGCAGUGAAAGUCAAUGUAACAAGAGUGAUCCCACAUCCCCUCUUCAACCCCAUGAUUCUGGACUUUGAUGUAGCUGUACUUGAACUGGCAAGACCUCUUGCCUUCAACAAAUACAUACAGCCUGUGUGCCUCCCACUUGCCAUGCAGAAGUUUCCUGUUGGCAAGAAAUGCCUCAUUUCUGGAUGGGGUGACCUCCAGGAAGGGAAUGACACCAAGCCCGAGAUCCUGCAGAAAGCAUCUGUGGGCAUCAUAGAACAGAACACUUGCAACUUCCUCUACAACUUCUCCCUCACUGACCGAAUGAUCUGUGCUGGCUUCAUGGAGGGGAUGGUAGACUCAUGCCAGGGAGAUUCAGGUGGGCCCUUGGCCUGUGAGGUGACUCCAGGAGUGUUUUACCUUGCUGGCAUCGUGAGCUGGGGAUUUGGUUGUGCCCAGGCUAUGAGACCUGGUGUGUACUCCAGAAUUACCAAACUCACAGACUGGAUCCUGGACACCAUCUCCCAGCUGCCCAGUGGUGGCACAAGCAUCCCCUCCAGCUCAGCCAUCCCUAGAACUUCUACCACAGCCGUUUUUAUCCAGCCCAGCACAAUGGCUGCAGGUCCAGCCAGCAGAACCACCCUGCGGACAAAGAUGAAUACAACCAUGAGCAAAACUUCUACAGCUCUGACAACGACCGAGACUGCCAAGCCUACCCAAACCCCAGUGGUGCCUUGUACCAGCCUCACUUUCAAGUGUUCCAGCAAGGUGUGUAUUGGAAAAGAAAAUCCUGAAUGUGAUGGUGUUGUGGACUGCAGCAAUGGCUUCGAUGAGCACAACUGUGACUGUGGCUCAACAACAGCUCUGGCCUUUAGCAAGAUCGUGGGCGGCAGCAGCGCGGCUCGAGGAGAAUGGCCCUGGCAAGUCAGUCUCUGGCUCCGGCGGAAGGAGCACAAGUGUGGGGCUGUCCUUAUUGCUGACCGGUGGCUGCUCUCUGCAGCUCACUGCUUUGACAUUUACAGUGACCCCAAAAUGUGGGUGGCCUAUCUAGGAACACCCUUCCUGAGUGGCAUCGAUGGCAAAAUGGAGAAAAUAUUUCGUAUCUACAAACACCCUUUUUACAACGUCUACAGCCUAGACUAUGAUGUGGCACUACUGGAGCUGAGCACACCUGUCACGUUCAGCAGCACCAUCAGACCUAUAUGUCUCCCAGACAAUUCUCACAUCUUCCAUGAAGGGGCCAGAUGCUUCAUCACAGGCUGGGGCUCCACAAAGGAAGGAGGUCUCAUGUCAAAGCAUCUGCAAAAAGCAGCAGUGAACGUGAUCGGAGACCAGGCCUGCAAAAAGUUCUACCCUGUCCAGAUCAGCAGCAGGAUGCUGUGUGCUGGUUUCCCACAGGGCACCGUCGACAGCUGCUCAGGUGAUGCAGGUGGGCCCCUGGCAUGUAAAGAACCUUCAGGGAAGUGGUUUCUAGCAGGAAUCACAAGCUGGGGCUAUGGCUGUGCCAGGCCAUUCUUCCCUGGUGUCUACACCAAAGUGACAGCUGUCCAAGGCUGGAUUGUGCAGAACCUCAAGCUCUGAAACUGCAUUUCACCACUCAGGGAAGGCAGUGAAUGAGAGGAGUAACUGCCAGAGGAUGCACUAACCCCUCAGCUACUGUACAUUUUUCUGAUGCUGCAAAGGGGUGAAGACAGCCUUGCAGGUGUUGUGUGACCUGCUGGUUGUUAUCAAAGCAUUUGAUAACUGCUUUGCAUAGAAAGGUACACAUUCUAAACUUUUUCUAUAAAUAAACGAAGCCUGUCCCAUCUUAAGACCUGGCCAAAUAUACUGUGCAUUAAAACAUGAGCUUCCUAGUUGGAUGGGUGCCGGAAAUACCUGCCAAAAAUUCAUGGAG